AUGUCAUUGGUAUCUUCAUCAUCUAAUCUUGCUUAUAAUGAUAAACAAUAUUUAUCUUCAUUGAAUAAAAAAGUAAUGACUUUACCAAGAAUUGAACAUCCAUCAAAAUUAAUCAAUGAACAAGAUAAACAUUCAUUAGAUAUUCGAGGUAAAUCACGUGAUGGUUUUGGUGAUGGAAAAUUAGUUCGAAGUGAAGCAUCAACACCAGAAUUAACAUUUCGUCGUGGUCGUCGUCGAUCAUCUUCAUUGAGAAAUUCAUCGAAAUCUUCAAUCUAUUCUGAAUCAUUAAGUCAAAUACCAGAAAAUGUUAAUGUUAUUUAUGGACAAGAUCGAGAUAAAGUUCGUUUACCUAUAUUUGGUCAUCGAACAGAUAGUCGAUUAUCAUCAAAUGAUUCUGAAAAUGAUAAAGAAAGUUCAAUAGGAACAUCACGUUUUACAAUUGAUGAACUUGAAACAAUAUUAAAAGAGAAAGUUCGAACACAAGUUCAUGAUAUCAAAACAAAAUUUCGUCAUGUUUCCGAUUUUGAUUCUAAUGGGAAAAUAUCUCGUCAAGCAUUACAACAUUUAAUUGCAACUAUAUUUGGCACACAAAUACAAAUAGCACCAAACCAAAUUGAAAAACUAUUAGAAAAACUUCAUUUAAAACAUUUUAAUAAAAUAAGUCUUGAUGAAUUUCUUAAUUCAUUAUUACAUGAUGAACAACAAUUAUCGUCUGAUUUAUCUCGUCAAUCAUCUAGAUCUCAAGAGUUUUUAACAAAACGAACAGCAGCACAAAUGUUUAUUAUUCUCAAAGAUAAAGUUCGUACUAAACAUAAAGAUUUAAUAAAUUUAUGUCCAUCAUUAGAUGGUGGUCCACUUACAAGAAUAUUUAAAACACAGUUUCAUAAUACUUUAAUUGAUAUGGGUUAUAGAAUGAAUGAUAAAGAAUUUGAUAAACUAUGGGAUAAAUUUGAUACCGAUGGUUUUCAUGCAAUUCAUUCCGAUAAAUUCUUAAAACGUUUAACAAAUGAAGAGCUUUUAAAUGAAACUUCAUCGAUUCCAACAAGUGAAACACACGAUCAACAAACAGCUAUAUUAAAAGCAACACAUAUGAAAUCUUCUCAUUCAGAUUCACAAUUAAAAACAUCUCGUCUCCAUAGUUCUCAUGAUCAAUUAGAUGAAAAUCAAAUUGAGCUAUGGCUUCAUCAUAAAUUUCCUCAAGGUUAUUCGGAUCUUGAACGUUCAUGUCAACGAUUAGAUAUAAAACAAACUGGAACUCUAUCACGUGAUCAAUUCGUUGAACAAUUAAAACAAUAUGGACUAAUAUUAGAUGGAAAUAUUCUUGAAUCAUUUUUAAAACGUUUUAAUAUUGAUUUAACAUUAACAAAUGGAUUAAUUCCUUAUAAAGAUGUUAUUAAAGCUUUUAAACAACGAUGUGAUUCAACAAGAAAACAAAUUAAUAAUGAAAAUUCAUUUAAAAACAAUGAAGAAUAUCGUCAAACGUCAUUAGAAAAGCAAAUUGAUUAUUUAUUAUCAAUAAAUUAUGAUAAAAUUCGUGAUGAAUUAACACGUUUAGACAAUCUAAAUAAUGGUACAAUAAAUACUAAUGAUAUGAGAUCAUUAAUUGAAGAUUUACUUGAAUUUCCAUUGAGACCUGAUGAAUAUUAUCAAUUAAUUAAACAAUUUCCUAUGGAUCAAUAUGGAAAAAUAAAAUAUAAAGAUUAUUUAAAACAAGUUUUAGAAAGAACAACUUCUUCGCAACAACAACAACAGCAGCAACAAGAAGAUAAAUUACCGAUAAUUCCACAAUGGGAAUAUAUGAGAUCAAAAAAUAUUCGCGAAAGUCUUAAUCAAGAACAUAUUAAAAAUAAAAAACGUGGAAAACAAAAUGAUUUUAAUGAACAUGAUCAGCAAAAAGCAAGAUCGAUUGAACAGCUUCGUGAAAUUCUUAAAAUAAUAAUUCGAAAUCGUUAUAAAGAUAUUGAAGAUGAAUUUAAAAAACUUGAUCGUGGUUCAUAUGGAGAAUUAACACAAGAUCUUUUAUAUGAUUUAUUUAAAAACCUUGAUAUUAAACCUGAAGUAACACGUUCAGAAAUUGUUUUACUUUGGUCACGUUGUCAUUUAAAAGAAAAUGGACACUUAGAUUUUUAUCAAUUUUUACGUGAAUUUGGUUAUUCAAAACGUUCAGCACAUUUUCCAAACGCAAAACAAAAUCCACCUAAACGAGGUGAUGCAGAUUUUUUAUUAACAUCAAGAAAAUUAUACGGAGAUUCUGUUCUUGUUCAUGGUACUGCACUUAAUGCUAUACGUUCAAAUUGGGAUCAAUUACGAAAAGAAUUUACACAGUUAGAUCCAUAUAAAACUGGUUUUGUUCAAUCUGAUGAAUUUGAUGAAAUUUUAACUGAACUUUGUUCAUCUGUUAAUCAAGAUGAUCUUGAUAUGCUUAAACAUAGAUUUGAAACAAAACAUGAUUCAAGAAUGAAUUAUGUUCGAUUUUUAAAGCAUCAUGCUCCACUAUCAGAAUUAGUUGAUGAAAUUGAACUACCAACAAGAAAAACAUUUAUUACCAAUGAUGAUUAUUCUCCUAAAAUAACAAUAAAUCGAUCGAAUGAAAAUCAACUUGAAAAUAAAAUUCGACAAAAAUUACGCGAUUCAUAUAAAGAAAUACGUCGUUCAUUUAAACAACAUGAUGCAACAAAUCAUGGCUCAAUACCUAUACAAAUAUUUAAAAAAAUUCUGCAUCAAUUUAAAUGUACGUUAAAUGAUGAAGAAUUUUAUCAAUUAGCAUCACAACUCGAUAUUAAAAUGGAUGGAAAUAUUAAUUAUAAUUAUUUUAUUCAACAAUAUGUCAAAAACAAUUAG